GAGAGAGGCUGGAUGACCAGAUUGCUGCCCAUCUCUGUAGUCCCUGUAAGGUUCGUGACGCAGGAAAACAAAGAGAGUCGAGUCAAUCAGAAAUGAGGAAAAGAGAAGGUUUAAUCUGCAUUCCCAGGCAGAGAUCAGUGAACAAGAGGAGCCUCAGUUCAGAACAGGUAGGAAGGAACAGGGACCAGCUACGAUGGCUUCAGGAAUCCUGGUGAACAUAAAGGAGGUGAUGACCUGCCCCAUCUGCCUGGGGAUCCUAACAGAACCCAUGAGCCUGGACUGUGGGCACAGCUUCUGCCAAGCCUGCAUCACUGCAAACAACAAGGAGUCCGUGAAUGGCCAAGGAGAGAGCAGCUGCCCCGUGUGCAGGAUCAGUUACCAGCCUGAGAACAUGCGGUCUAGUCUGCAUUUGGCUAACAUUGUGGAGGUGCUCAGGGAGGUCAAGUUGAGCCCAGAGGAGGAGCAAAAGUGUGAUCUCUGUGUGCGCCAUGGAGAGAAACUCCUGCUCUUCUGCCAGGAGGAUGGGAAGAUCAUUUGCUGGCUUUGCGAGCGGUCCCAAGAGCACCGUGGUCACCAGACAUUCCUCAUUGAGGAGAUUGCCCAGCAGUACAAGGUAAUAGACUGGGAUGGAGGAAAGACAGGGCAGAAAAUACUCUUGGCUUCUGCCUUCACCCUGGUCUCUUUGGAUGAUGAGGCCGUGGUGGACGUGCCAGGCCUUCUUGGGCCCCUGGGGACCUCUGUCUUCCUGCAGGCUCACCUUGAAGCUGCCCGUGGCCCCCCUGGCCCUGGAGUUGAUGGGCCUGAUGAGGAGGCCGCGCUGCAUGCCCGUGUCCAGGGCCCGCUUCAGCAGGUACUUGAGCCGGAUGGCGUCCACUGUAGGGUACUUCUGCAGGAUGUACAGCUUGAUGGCCAUCACCGAGGUGCCCCGGCGCUGCUCGCCCGCCUGCAGCGCCUCCAGCACCAUGCGCAGCAUCGGGGGUUGCGGCGUGGUGGUGGGACGGCAUGUUGGCGCGGGCCUGGCUUGAGAGUCCCAGACCAUCCGGAGGUGGAGGCCAUGGAGGUUAGCGAGGCCGAGGAGAUCAAGGUGUCACCGGAGGCCAAGCUCCCGGGAGCCAUUACGCGCAGGCUGACAGAUGCAGAGAUCUGUUGUGAUGUGAAUGGCAUCCUGGAAAGGAGUAAGACCUUCACUCUGAAGAAGCUAAAAACUCUCCCCAAGAAACAAAGGAGAGUGUUCCAAGUUCCUGAUCUGAGAGGGAUGCUGCAAGUGUUUAAUGAACUGACAGAGGUGCGCCGCUACUGGGCAAACGUGACCUUGAAUCAUCAAUCAAAUGUUGACAUUUCUGCGCAUAAGAGAAAAGGGAGAGGUGACUUCUAUCAGAGAGUACUUUGUCCACCUGCGAGAGUAGAUUAUAGUGUCCUGGGAUCCCCUUCUAUCACAUCAGGGAAGCAUUACUGGGAGGUAGAUGUGCCAAAGAGUAAGGACUGGAUUUUGGGGGUAUGUAUCAGGAAAUACCCUGACUUCACUGGGAUAGAUUUUGGGGGGAAAAAUAAGCCUGUUUGCUUUCAAUAUCAACCUCAAAAUGGCUACUGGGUUAUAGGGUUACAGAAUUAUUCCCAAUAUCAGGCUUUUGUGAAUUCUGACUACUCCAACCCCUCACCCUUAACCCUGUUCCUGACUGUUCCUCCUGAUCGUAUUGGAGUUUUUCUAGACUACACGGCCCGCACUAUCUCAUUUUUGAAUAUAACAAACCAUGGGUUUCUCAUCUAUAAAUUCUCUUCAUGUUGCUUUAAUCAGGAAAUUUAUCCAUAUUUCAAUUCUAUGAAAUAUCCUGGCUCCCUGAAACUGGUUUCUCCAAGCUCUUAAACCUCUCAUACUCUCACCCACUUCUGUGUAGAACCUCUUUCCUUGAAUGCAUCUAACAAACUGAGUUUUUCUGCAUCACUGUCACCAUCAUAUCUUUGCUGCCUUUUUUCUUCUGAUUUGAACACCCUUCCUUCAUCAGUAGGGUAUACAAUUUGCCUCAUGUUAUCUUUAUCCCAAUAUCUUAUUUGCAUUAAUAAAAAAUCCUAAUUCAUCAUUUUUAUAAUUCUAAGGAAAAUGACUAAUGUUUUGCCCUGGCCGGUUUGGC